UCUUUGGGCUCCGCUCGGACUGGGAGGCGUUAUCGAGAGAUUCAGGCGACGGUUGGACGGAUGGAUAGAAGUGGGUGCAAGUGAGGUGCAUUUCGGAGUGAUGGCAAUGGUGACACGUGUCCCCUCGAUCUUCUCUAUCGCUCCACCGUCACCGUCGUCAUCAUCAGCAGCAGCAGCAGUGGGUCAAUGUCAUAAAUUGAGUUGGGUGAGCGCUCGCGUUAUUUAUCCCCGAGGCCAUCGCAUUUGCAGCAGCAGCUGCGGCGCUAGUCAAAUUAGGGUCUCUCCCUCUUCGCUUUCGCUUCGUUUCCCUUCCAUUUCGUCGUCGUCGUCGUCGUCUCCGUCUCCUUCUCCUUCUUCGCCGAGGAGGCGGUUCCUGACUGUUUCUGCAUCCAUGGCCGGCGCGCCUCCGCCGACCGUACUCGUCACCGGUGCUGGUGGUCGAACUGGUCAAAUAGUUUAUAAGAUAUUGAAGGAGAGGCCAGACCAGUUUGUUGCAAGAGGUCUCGUCAGAACAGAAGAGAGCAAGGGCAAAAUUGGGGGAGCUGAUGAUGUUUAUGUUGGUGAUAUAAGGGAUACCAGUAGUAUAGUUCCUGCAAUACAAGGGACUGACUUUCUUAUUAUUCUCACCAGUGCUGUUCCAAAGAUGAAGCCUGGUUUUGAUCCCACUAAGGGUGGAAGGCCGGAGUUUUAUUUUGAAGAAGGAGCUUAUCCUGAACAGGUUGAUUGGCAUGGACAGAAAAAUCAAAUUGAUGCUGCUAAAGCUGCAGGAGUAAAGCAAAUAGUUUUGGUUGGUUCAAUGGGUGGAACAAAUCCCAAUCACCCUUUGAACAGCUUGGGGAAUGGAAAUAUUCUGGUGUGGAAGAGGAAGGCUGAGCAGUACCUGGCUGAUUCUGGUAUUCCAUACACAAUAAUAAGGGCUGGAGGCUUGCAAGAGAAAGAAGGGGGUAUCCGUGAAUUAAUUGUGGGCAAGGAUGAUGAGAUUCUUGAGACACCAAUAAAAACCAUCGCAAGAGAGGACGUCGCAGAAGUUUGCAUUCAGGCACUGCUCUUCGAGGAGUCCAAGUGCAAGGCAUUCGAUCUGGCCUCGAAGCCCGAAGAUGCCGGUACACCCACAAAAGAUUUUAAGGCUCUAUUUGCCAGUGUGACCACUAAAUUUUAACAUUGCAAGUGUGCAUCGGGUCUUAAGCUUAAUUGUUUCUCAAUUAGUUCCUCUUGCUAAGUUUAUGAAGAGGGGGAAACAAAGACGGGGGCAAAUAAAAGCAGUUGUACGAGAAUUCAUGUCUCCACCGACUGGUGCGAGUCUCAAUUCUGUGGUCCCCUGCAUUGGAUGUGGCCCAAGAAUAUGACCAAACAACAAAAUUUGGUAUUAUUUACUUGUAAAA